UUUUUAAAAAUUCUAUGUUUAAUUAAUGAUUACAUUACUCUUUUUAAAAGAAUUUAAGGAGAUAGCUAUACAUAUUCAAACAUCUUAGGAUAGUUUAAACACGUUGUAACCUUUAGAAGAUUUACGGCUAAUAUGUCACAGACAGAAAAUAUUCUAAAUCCUACAAAUAAAUAUGAUGAAAUUUUCGAUGCUGUUCUUUCCGAUAAUGCUGAAUCCAAAGACUCACAUCUUGAAAUAAAAGAAAUGGACGCAAAUCCCAAAGUGAAAUUAACAAACUCAACUACCCUUCCCAAAGUCAAGAACGGUAUAAGAAAAAGAUGCAAUGGCGCUACAGAAAAUGCAGCUAAUGCGAAGAAACGAGUCAAAAAGUUCAGAGAAACAACGAAAGAUAGGCUUUUAGAAUGGAAUUCUUUUUAUUCUAAUACUGAUUUUGGUGUCUGGAUUGAGUGCACUAAAUGUCAUAAAUGGCGCCAUUCGAAGGAGUAUAGUGAAGACCAUGAAGUGCCAGAAGACUGGAUUUGUUCAAAUACUCAAUCAGAUGAUGGUAAAGAGUUAACGUGUGACGAUCCAGAAGAAAACAUGGAAAACAUAGAAUUUUCACCAGUAAGAUAUAUACCUGGAACAAUUGUCUGGGCAAAAUUAGCAGGAUUUCCAUGGUGGCCAGCAAUGGUGGAAGAUGAUCCAGAUACAGAAGAAUACUACUGGUUAGAAAACAAAACAGUGUAUUACCAUGCUACUUUCCUAGAUGAACAUGUCAGUCGUGCUUGGGUCAGUGAAUGCAACAUUCGUCCAUUCAAAAAAACUCCUUUUGAGAAAUGGCAAAGAAGAUAUACAAACUUGAAAUACCCUGUUUUGAUUAAAAAAGCAGAAGAAAAAGCUAAAACAGCAAUGCAAAUGACAAUUAAAGAACGAUUAGAGAAUUUCAGUUUUGCUCAUCAGUACAAAGGAACCUGGCCACUUGCUGAUAAAUCUGAAGACGAAGAUAUUAAAAUUACUGAAAUGCUAAUCAGAGAAAUAGAUGAACUGGAAUCUGUUAACUCAUUUGAUUCAGAUGAGAAUGCAGUCACAGAAACUGAAAAAAUGGGAAAGACAAAUAAUCAGAGAAAUUACUCGACAAAAAAUAUACCAUAUGAAAAAGAAAGUGAAUUCAAGAAACAAAAGGAUUUAGAAAACAUGCAGAGUGAUUCUGAAUAUACAUUUGACUCUGAUUAUGUGCCACCUGAAAUUCAUAAUAAUACAGCAAAAUCUCAAAAAGUUCAAAAAUUCAUACACAACAUUAAAAAUCAUAAUGAGAAUACACCUUCAAUGGGUACGAAAAUUAAUCCAAAACCCUUAGGGAAAAACCUCAAGCUCAAAACUGGCAAAAAUAUGAAUAAAAAUAUAUACCAUACGCCUAACAAUACAGAAAAAAAUAACACAAAAAGGAAAAUUUUGAAGAAUGCAGUCAAUAGUACAGACAGUUUUGAGAAUAAAAACAUAAAAGAAAUUAAUUUUAAAACUAUGAAGGGUGCGGAUAAAGAUUCAAAAUUGAAACCAACAUUUAAAGCAAUCAAACAUCUUUCAGAUAGCAAUGUUUUAACUACAGAAGAAAAGAAAUAUAAAACAAAUAUGACUACAAUUACGGAAAAUACAACACAUUCAAAACAAAGCACUGGACACAGUAAUGAGAAUCCUAUACAAAACCAUAAAAAAGUGACUUAUAAACAGAAAAAAGAGAAAAAUAAUUCAGUGGAUACCAAAGCAAAAUCAGUGUCUAAUGAAGCACAGUUGAAAUUAAAAGAGAUUAAAAACACAGAGCAAGAUAUGGAAAAUAUCAGUAAGUUACCUGAGAAUGUCAUAAAUGAUAAUGGGUGUAAUGCAAUUGUAGAAAACAAAACAGAAAAUAAUAUAUCAAAAAAAUUGAAGCUUCAUGAAAAAUUACAGAAAAAUUCAAUACAACUUAAAAUGAGCAUCAAAGAAAACAGUGAAGAAAAUUCACUAAGCAAACAAGAAUGUAUAUCCACAGCUAAAAAAAAUACUACAAAAGAUCAGAUAAAAAGUGAAGAAAAUGUGAAACUAUUACCUAAAAUGACUAAAGAAAAAAGUACUAGAAAUGGCUUAAAACACAAAAAAAUACAAGAAAUAAACAAUUUCCAACAAAAAGUUGCAUUAAAAAAGCACGAUGAAAAUUCAAGUUCUGGAAUUAAUAAAAAUGAAAAAAACAAACAAAAGAUAUCAACAAAUGAUACACUUGGCAAUACAGAAGACACUAAGAAUGUAAGAGAAAAUCACAAAACUGAAGAGCUGAAAAAAGAAUCAUUUACCAACACAUCAAGUCUUAAUGGAAUGGUCGCAAAUGGAUUUAAACCACCACAACAAAUGAAAAAAAAUGAGACAAAAAUUAAGCCACCCAUCUUAAAAACAAAAAGAUUUGGAAUGACACAACAAAGUGUGGGUAGUGUAAUAGAAAGCAUAAAAUCUACAGAUGUUCUGAAAAAAGAUUUGAUUCAAGAUUGUAUUCGAGAUCAGGAAACAGAAAAUAUAAAUGAAGACAUGCAGAAAAAAUAUAAAAUAGAUAUUAUUGAUUUAGAAAAAACUGAUGAAAUAAGAGAAACUGAAAACUGUUUUUCUUUAAAUCUUGAUGAAAAUAAUGAGAUACACAUAGAUGAUGAUUCAGAUCCUUUUGAAGAAUAACAUACCUGGAACUAAUCUACCAGUUAGAUUUAUAUCACAAAUGCACACACAUAUUUCGCUGUAAUGUAAACCCUUCUAACAACUAACCCUCUUUUUUUUUUUUUUUAGAUGCUUUUACAUAAUUUUGAACUUUUGUAAUCUAGUUUCUAUAGUUAUGUAGAAAAUAUUAGCAAAUUUUAGUCAUCUAUUUUGAUGAAAUUACUUUUUUGUAAUAAACUACUGAUAAAGUACUGAUGUACUUUACAUUGCAUUUACGAGAAUAUACACUAAUAAAAAAUUUGAAGAGAU